UUCGUUAGUUGUCGUCGUAUCUUUUAGAGCGUUUGCUCGUCGCUUUCCCGAAUGGGUGCUAGAUGUGGUGGUUUCAUUCCCGCUUUGGUGUCGUUGCUCCCAUCCUUAGACGGAGAUUCCCAGCCUUACGUAUGGUAGUUCCAUUGCGUUCAUAAAAUCGGCUAGGACUUGGGCCUCCUCGUGUUCGCAAUGAAUUUAGUGUGUCGAUAGAUUCCGCGUCGCAUGGAAAUCGUACCAGUCGCUCAUGCUUCCCAAUUUGACCGAUUUUAUAAUUCGAUUAUAGGCCAGUCACCGUGACACGUAUCCUUGCUGUGACAGUGCUUUGGUCCAUAUUUGCCAGAUUAAAUAUAUUCUGUGAGUUUUGUUGAGUGAAAGCAGAAAAGUUUGCUAGAUCCUGUGAACUUGAUUGUGUACUAUAUUGAAUUCUCUCGUUCACUUGGAGUCCUUUCCGUUGAGUUUGGUUCUAAAAAAAAACCAACGUAAGAGUUAUUAGUCCCUCCUUUGGAGGAGUGAAGGAUCAGCAAUAUAGAGUUUUUCUUCCUUUCAUAUUAGUGAAACCGUGUGAUAAUCGACAGUGAUGAAUAUGGGAGAUUACAGGCAGUUGGAAUGAUUGAUUGAUUGAUUGGGCUCCAGCAUCCCAAAAUGACGACGGCAAGGAUUUAGGGCGAACGAUUCCGGCGACGUGUUGUCCUUUUUUCUGAAUAGCAGACGAGAUAGGCGGCCGGCAGCAUUUGUUCAUUGAAACGUGUCAUGUGUCAUGUUUCCAAUGAAGUGGGUGACGCAUUCAAUUUAGUGUAUUAAUCGGCUACUGAUUUACUAUAGGAGAUAUUUGAAUAUUGGGAAGAAGUGCGAAGAAAAAAAGGAUAAUCGCCGCUCAAAGCAGUAGUGUCGAAUCAAGUUAUUCUAUCUAAAAAAUGUUAAGCUUGACAUCGUAUCCCAUUCGUCUGAGUGCCCUUUGUGUUAUGUAUGUUCAUCCAGCAUGACUACCACAAUCAAUUUUACUGUCAAUGGCCAAGAUAUAUUCGACAUGAGUGCAUUGGUGAAAUAAAUUAAAAUCGACAGGUGAUAAUAGUCAAUAUGUGGAAUAUUCUGAGAACUGCCGGAUGGAUUUUGGCUUCUGUAGCAGUUGCUACAUUAGCUUCACCAGAAAUAGCUACCAAAGGCAAACAACUGCGAGUUCUUGAGCCAACACCUUCAGCUGAUGGAAAUUAUGAUGCUGGCAUGCCCCGGUUUGCAGAACCCAUACCAAAUGUUACCGUAUCCGUUGGCAGAGACGCGCUAUUGGCAUGUGUCGUUGAAAAUUUGAAAGCAUACAAGGUUGCAUGGGUCCGAGUGGACACACAGACCAUUCUAUCCAUUCAUCAUAAUGUGAUAACUCAAAAUCCAAGAAUAAGUCUAUCAUACAACGAUCACCGUUCAUGGUAUCUCCACAUACGAGAGGUUGAAGAAGCAGAUCGAGGGUGGUAUAUGUGCCAAGUAAAUACAGAUCCCAUGCGAUCGAGGAAGGGAUACCUUCAAGUUGUCGUCCCACCUAUGAUUAAUGAGACCAUGACCAGCAAUGACAUGGUAGUCCGGGAAGGAACCAACGUGACGCUGGUAUGUAAGGCUCGCGGCUACCCGGAGCCAUAUGUGAUGUGGAGGCGCGAGGACGGCGAAGAGAUGGUUAUCGGCAAGGAGACUGUGAACGUUGUCGACGGUGAGAUUCUACACAUCACGAAAGUCAGCCGAUUGCAUAUGGCCGCAUAUCUGUGCGUGGCAUCAAACGGGGUUCCGCCGUCAAUCAGUAAACGUGUUCACCUCCGUGUACAAUUUCCGCCGAUGCUAUCAAUACCUAAUCAGUUGGAGGGUGCCUAUAUCGGACAAGAUGUUACCCUCGAAUGCCAUACAGAGGCUUAUCCGGCUUCGAUUAAUUACUGGACAACGGAGCGUGGUGAUAUGAUUAUAUCCGAUACGUCACGUCCAGGCGACAAAUUCCAAACAACAUCCACAACGAACGGUUAUAGCAAAUACAUGAAAUUAAAAAUUCACAACGUGAGUGCAUCAGAUUUCGGCUCCUACCGUUGCGUAGCGAAAAACUCACUGGGCGAAACGGACGGCGUAAUUAAACUCGAUGAAAUUCUUGCACCAACGACUGCUAUUAUGUCGGAAAUUACCAUGUACAACCGGAGUCUAGGUACGUAUGGGCACGGAGAAGAGCAAGCCGAAGGUGGGAAGAGGCCACAUCGAAAAAUGGAAUCAAAUGCUUUGCCCGACUAUGGGGUCGAAGAAUGGAAAGACAGUGGCGAUACAAAUCAGCCAUCGGUACGACAUCCUCCAGGUGCUUUUCAUAAUAAAGCAUCGUCAGGACGUGAAAAUGUUAUCGUCACAAUUGCCAGGUGGAUUACGUUUAGCCCUAUGUUAUCAUCGUUUGCAGGAAGUAGUGAGCCAAUUGCUGAUAUCACUCUCAUCGGUACCUCCGCGGCCGCUUCCAAGGAUCCCAACGAAACCUCGUACAGCGUAUACAACAACAACAAAAAUAAGGACAAGGGAAAUUUUAGCAUUUUUCUUUUGGAAAAUUUCAUCCAAUCAACCAUGAAAAUGUGUUCCGCCGCACAAUUUCAUUUCGUUGUCUUUUUCAUUGUUAAUUUCAUUAGCAUAAACUUCCUCAGACGUAUCUUCCUUCCGCUAAGGAUAAAGAGAUGAAACGCGGCAUCAGUAUCAACGUCGCCGUCGCCAUUGUUGUCGAUGCUGUUGUAGGCGGCUCCGUGAACAGGACGAAAAUGAUGGAGGGAUAUAAAAAAACCGCCAACUGCCAUCAUCAUCAUCAUAUCUACGGCAAACAAACUGACGAAACAGAAACCACUUCGACAAAACUCAUUGUGUAUAAGGAUAGCCCCUGCAAAUAGCAAAAGAUAAAAUAAAACCAGGAAUAGUAAGCGAAGGUGUUACAUUGGCGAUGGUGCAAAGUGGCGAGGGUGCGAAAAUAUUCUUUUUUUUGUUUCCACGUCCUCCGUCUCCAUUUCACGGAAUACCAACUCUUGUAUCUAAGGAAGGAAGGAAAGGAGGAAACCAUUACGAUAAAAUUUGUCUAGGUGUAUAAAAAGUGAGGAAGGAUGAUCAAAAUGUUGACAUUUACGCUGUAUAUAAAAUGAAUUUCUCUUCCUUUACUCCUUUUGGACGUAAGUAGCACUAACUUCUAGCGAAAGUAAUUGUAUAAACGAAUAAUAGGAUCGACAAGCAACCAAGACCACAUGACGAAACCACACCGUUAGUCUUUAUUUAGAAUAAGCUUCGCGUUUUACAUUUCCACGCCUUCGGAUGCAUCUGUGUGACCGGUAUACGCCUUCAGAUAUAUUUCCAAAUCAGCACAAUGGACCCAUCAUACCAAAAGAUACCCAUGAAUGAUACUAUUGCGUUCAAAAGAACAGAAAUAUCCUGGCAAGUUGCCAGCUAAAUCAAUCUAUCAAAAAAUUUUCUAUCUGAAUGGACCUGUUGAAGCUCUACGGACCCGGAACUAGCUGAUGCUACCCAAAUCGGUCCAGCAACUUAAUUGCAAUCUUUAUGCCUAAUGUAUUUGUAUCUAAAACACUGUUAACAGCUUCUAUGCUCACUUUUCUGGAAAAGAUUAUUUUAAUUUGGAAAAUCAGCAUUCACUGUACAUAUUCUUUCCGAUAAAUUAGCGGGUCACUGACGCGAACCUGCUCAAAAAGUCUAGGAUGUUUACUAGGGUGGAGCUAUCCUGUAUGGACCUUUUUUACUUUUUUUUUACUUUCAACGGCAUAUCAAUGAAAAGUUGCCUUUUAGUUUAGUUUAGUUUACUGGGAGAGAGCCACAGCUCCGAGCACUGAGGUCAUUGUUAGGUCCACCGUACUAUUCCCGUAAAUCGUCCAUUCAAUAGCUUCCCGCCUAUGGCGUUCGCUGGCUUUAUCGAAUCUGGGAACAUUCUCCAGAGGCAGAGAGUGUGCAGAUUCUUCAUUGGAGAAAACCUUACCAAGGUGUCUUCGUCUCAAAUCUGAGGAGGCCGGACAGCUGCACCAAAAAUGCAGGGCCGUCUCCUCUUCCUGGUAUUUUAAGGAACAGUGCCACGUUAAAACUCCCACUAGGGUUUUCAUGUCCCACUUCUUAAGGGACAACAACAAUGCCGCUCUGGCGACCUCAGGUUCUUUCACAAGGAUUUUCGCUUGCCGGCAAUAGUUCAAAUUUCCCCAUUCGCCUGCAUGAAUCCUUGCAAUUUCACCCAUCGAAGUAGACUUGACAGUGGAUGGCCGGAUUCCAAAAGCUGGUUCUGGCCCCGCCAUUGCAGAUCCAGACCCUCUGCGAGCCAGUCUGUCAGCCUCCUCAGUGCCAGCAAUGUUUGAGUGUCCCGCCAUCCAUAUUGGGAAUGUUUCGUUCAGUCGGCCAAGUUUCAGCAGCACCCGAUGACAACUUCACACCAACUGACUUGAUAUGUCGUUGCUGUUUGGUGCUGAUAAUGCCGCCCGACUGUCAGAACAGAUUCGAAUGGUGCGACCCCUCCAUUUUUGUCGCAGACAUUCUUCUACCACCAAUAAAAUGGCAUAUAUCUCCGCCUGGAAUAUGAUCGUCAUUUUCCCGAAGGGCGGGGCCAGUUCCAUAAUCGGAUUCCCCGAGGAUACCCCUGCGUCCGAUCCGCCGUCCAUGACUGACCCAUCGGUGAAGAUUAUUAGGUCUGUAAUCUGAAAAGACUCCUGGCCAUUUAUCGACCAU